CCAAGACCAGAACAUUGGACCACACGGCACAUCUCAACAGUGUCAAUCGUCCACUCUAGUAGCACUACUGUGGUGAUGAUGGCGGUGGCCAAAUUUGCACUAUUGCUGGUCACGUUGUUGAUGCUAACUCAUGACUGCCAAGCCCUGGAGCCUAGCAGCGGUAGACUCGAGGAGGACGAGGCGCCAGUGGUAGCCACAUCAUAUGAGCUAUGUAUAUACACUAUAGUGACGGAAACAGGAAAGAAAACGGGAGCGGGCACUGAUUCAGCCAUCAGUCUGCGAAUAAUGGAUAAAGAAGGCAAGGAAGUGUACUUCCCAGCUUUGGACAAUGGAAACAACGACUUUGAGAAGGGAAGCAUUGACACCUUCAGCCUUCAAGGCACUUGCCUGACUCGCUUCUGCAAGCUCAUUCUGUACACUGACUACACUGGAUUUUUUCCGAGCUGGUUCGUCGAAACUGUCAGCAUUUCCCUCGUGAUUCGCGGCAAUGAAAGUCAGAAAACUUGGCAGCUCCAUCAGUGGCUUCCCAAGGAGGACGACGCAACUUCUCCACGUUUCCUCAUCAAAGAUGACUGCUAACUAUGCUACCCUUCAUUCGGUCCUCCUCUCCUCUCCAACUUCUGUCUACACUGCUCGUCAACACGUUCGCCCCAGAAUUACCAGUCCAUGCCUCAUGAAUCUGGAAGAUUUCUGGUGCAGCUUUCAUAAAUCCACGACAAUCCGUUGAUCUUUGAUCCACAAACGGUGGUCACGAAGAAGACUCUCUGUCUUGGAGAAACCACAGCUCUGAAUUGCCCAUCGUUUAUUCCUUCGCUUUCGUUGUGUUGCUGAGAUACAUGGACAUCAUACGACUGAGGGAGAAGUUAAAAAGCCGGUGCACGCUAGCCCAAGGGGUGAGAGCGUCAGGGGGUUUCAUCAUUGUAAAUUCCAUUCAGGUGGACUCGAAUAGACGACCUUAUUCCUUCGUUCUGUAGUCAUGUAGUCGUCGCACUUGGCAUUCUUGCCGAAAAAGUAAACUGCCAGACUGUGUGUUAGCCUUGACUUCGACUGGUUUGUUCACAAAGCACUCUCGUAAUCUGUAACAUAUUUUCGUCAACAAAGAAACAAUCUCAGAUUGCAGCUGAGAUGAAGAUAAUAAAUAAAACCCUUGUGGAUCGAACCACCGUUGACGAGC